ACUGACACUGAACGCGGUUUUGAUUUGUUGAUAAACAAUACUGCACCACACAUCAAAAUUCAUCAGCUUAUGAAACUAUAACCAACUCUUCUUUCUUCCCUCUCUAGACCAGAAACAUUUUUUUCUGAUAUUUGCAAGUUAAAGAGGGAGACUCAAAAUGGCAGAAACAAUUUUUCGAUGUGAAGAGGGAAGUCUAUUGGGAGGGCUUUGGCAAGUGAUUCAACUCAUCAAGGAUGAGUUGGGGCACAUGAGAGCUUUCCUAAGAGUGGCAGAAACAAAAGAAGAAGAUGCUGAUCCGAGACUCCAAGAAUGGAUCAAGCAAGUACGAGAAGUAGCGUAUGACACUGAAGAUGUUCUUAAUGAAUUCGUAGCUGGCUUUGCUCGCCAUCGAGCAACAGGCUUCCAUGGCUCUGUUCGGAGAAUUUUCAACUCCAUAAGGACUUUGCGAGCUCGUCAUAAGGUUGCUGAGCAAUUACAGAGCAUCAAGACUAGAGUAAAGAAUAUUUCUGAAGGGCAUCAGACAUACCAAUCAGAAUUUGGUCUUAUUGCCCAAGCGUCCGGGUCUCUUCCUGCUUCUAACAAUACAACGUGGCGCUAUAGCAGGGAUGAUGCACUUCUUGUAGAAGAAAGUGAUUUGAUUGGCAUUGACAAGCCCAAAGAACAGCUAAUUUCUCAACUGCUCGAGGGGGAUGAUUCCCAACUCAAAGUUGUUUCUGUGGUUGGAAUGGGCGGACUAGGAGCUCCUGAAAGACUUGAUUCGACAGCUACACAAGGAAUUGAAGAAAUCAGUCCCACAAUUGAUUGAAUCCAUGACUAGUAUUGAUCUGAAAGAAUUUGUCAAAGAUUUUCUUCAACAAGCUGGAAGGUAUGUCAUUGUGUUUGAUGGUGUAUGAGAUGUGAAAUUCUAGAAUGCGAUCAGCUUUACACUAUCUGAGAAUGGCUAUGGCAAUCGUGUUAUGCUAGCAACACGAAAAGCUGAUGUAGCCUCUGCGUCUUGCAUCAAAUCUCAUAAUUAUGUUCUCAAAAUGGUUUGACUAUCUUUGAAGAUUCAUGGAUCCUAUUUUGUAAAAAGAUAUUUAAAAAACAUGGUUGCCCGUCCAUCCAAUGGAUGUUACAAGAGGUAUAUUGGGUAAAUGUGAGGGUUUGCCCCUGGCGAUUCUUGCAGUCAAUGGACUUUGGCUUUGAAACACUUGAAUAUAGUAGAGGAAUGGGAGAUGGUUCAAUGCAGUCUUGAGGGUGAAUUAGAAGGCUUUCGUACGUGGAAAGAUACUUUCUCUCAGCCACAAUGAUCUUCCUUGACAUCUUAAGAUCUGUUUGUUUACUUAUGUAUGUACCCAGAGGAUUCUGAAUAGGUUGCUAUAGACUUGUUGAAUUAUGGAUUGUUGAAAGGUUUGUAGAAAAGAGAGAAGGAAUGACUAUGGAAGAUAUAGGCUACAGUUAUCUUAACGAACUUGUCAAGUAACAACUAGUUUCUAUGAAGAAAUCCCCAGCAUUUAUUGAAUCCAUGAUCUAGUGCAAGAAAUUAUUCUUUCGAAGACAAGGGAACAAAACAUUUGGUAAUCCAUUUGGUAACAUUUGGUAACUUGACAAUUAACUACUGGACAACGCGCAAGGUGGCGCUAUCUGAGAAGGUACGCCAUUUGGUAAUCCAUAGGAGUAGUAGUAACAACACCCAGCACCAUCAAAGAGGCUAAUAUUAUUGCAUUGACCACCUUUGAUCCUUUAUUACAGUUGAAUCCAUAAGUCCACUAGUAUCCAGAAUCUUGUUAUCUGAAGUUUUAAAGAGUAGCAGAUUGUUAAAUGUUUUGGAUUUGAGAGGUGAAAAGACGUUGGAGGAAAUCCCAAAUGAGAUUUUCAAAUUGUAUCAUCUCAGGUAUUUGAACCUAUGUGGUACGGGAGUUAAAGAAGUCCCGAAAUCCAUAGGAAAGCUUCAAAAUUUGAAGUAUUUAAAUUUGGCUGAAACUCAAGUCUGGGAAUUACCGAUGGGAAUUCUGAAGUUACAAAAGCUUGAGCAUCUUAUACUUUAUAGAAUAGUUUAUCCUUGAGAUCAUAGUUAUGGACAUCAUGAAUUUACGGCUCCUACAAAAUUGGGAGGGCUUUUUGCCCUAAAAACAUUAACCACCAUAGAUGCAAGUAGUGGAUCCAUAGUUAAAGAGAUGGGACAACUGACUCUUUCAAAUCUGAGAAGAGAAGAUGGAAAGGAGCUCUGCUUCUCCGUUGCCGCUCUCACUAGCCUUUGGGAGUUAACCAUUUCUUCAAUUAGAAAAGAUAAUGAUGAUUAACAGCAUUCUCUUUCUUCUUCAAUGUCUUCUUCGUUUCUCCAAUCUCUUCGCAUGCUACUAUUGGCUGGCCGCUUAGAAAAGAUGCCACAGUGGAUAACUCUUCUUCAAAGCCUGUUUAGCAUAGAUUUGGGUUGGAGCAGUUCAAGUAAUAAGGAGGAUCCGCUUGAAUUCUUUCACUCUAUGCCAAAUUUGAGUAUUAUUCAAUGUUUUGGAUCUUACCAAGGACAGGGAUUGGCGAUUCAAGAAUGGAGGAUUCUCAAAGCUAAAGAAAAUGUACGCAAGGAAAUUAGAAUGGUUAAGACGGAUGAAAGUGGAGGAGGGUGCAUUGCCCUGUAUCCAAGAAAUAAAUCUGGGAGAACUCCCAUUACCGGAGGAGUUACCUACAGGAAUUCAACGCUUGAUGAUAUUCCAAAGCUGGGUUUGUAUGAGUUGAGUUCUCAAAUGACGCAGAAUCUAGAGAAUUAGAACGAAGAAAGUGAAGAUUAUAAAAGAAUUGCAUACAUUCCUGAAGUUGUUAUUGGUUUGUUGACAAAUAAUGGAUGGAGUCUACACCGGCUGUGGGGGAAGAUGUGGAUAUUUCCUUACUCGUAACCACGCAAUUUCUCUUCUUUUUUUCAUAUCAUUUUAUUUUUUUAACGGUUGCUGGAAGUUCAAUUUUGUAUCUUUUUGUAUAUAUCUCGUAUUAAAUGAUCUUGUUUAUAGACAAUAUUUUACUCUGUU